AUGCCCAUCACCUGGAGUGUUGCGGUCCCUACACUUGUGGGCAGCCUUUGUUCCGCCGUUGCCACCUCGUGCGUUCUUCUCUGCUAUGUCGUCUACGCAGACCAACAACGCUCUUUCCGUCACGUACUUGUUUUGAAUCUCGCUCUCGCUGAAUUUAUCAACUCAGUGAACAAUUCAGUAUCGGGAGCGUGGGUUGUUGCAAAUCAACGUGAUUUGGUCGAUGGCGUCGCUUGUAAUUUAAAUGGCUGGGUGGGCCAGUGGUCCGUUCAGGCGGCCGACUUUUCCAUCUUGGCCAUCGCCAUCGUCACACUUCUUACCAUUACUCGAAAGACUUACAUGCCCAAUGUCUCUACCCUGAAGAAGAUCCUCAUCUGCUCAUCUUGCUGGAUCAUGCCCACCAUAUCAUCAUGUACUGCCCUAGGACUUAACGAAAUCGUCCCCGUCAGUGGCAAUUGGUGCUGGAUAAGUGCCAAACGAACAGACCUGCGCUAUGGCCUGACUCAUGCAUGGCGAUUCACCAUCAUCUUCAUCACCAUUGGCAUAUAUGUCUACAUAUGGGUUUACAUGAAGAGGCACUUUUCAACCCUGCGUGCGUACAGCGUGGGAAAAUCGUACGACCCAGGAAGUUCUGUUAGGCGCCGGGAAUUCCGUCGAAACGAUGCGUUCCAGCUGAAGAGCGAAUCUGAAGUGGAGCUACAUAAAAUCAAUGUCGAGUACCGUUACGAAGUGAAACACGCCCAAAGCGGCAGCGUUGGAAAGGUACAACUUGCCGCAUCAUCCGUUGAAGCGGGCAAGGACGACAGUAUCCAAAGUGAUACAACAUCAAAAGGGCCCGCUCCCAACAGCUCACCAUACGCACAUCCCGCAGUAGACUCCGAACGCGACGUUGAAGCUGCCAGGACGGAAACAGCAAUAGCUGGAGCACAGGGCCCUCCGACCAACUUGACUGGAAAUCUCUAUAAUGGAGCUACCAGCCGGAACGUCGAAAAGGAAAUCCAGAGAAUGCUGCUUCUCAACGCAUAUCCUAUCUUAUACGUCAUCCUCUGGGCGCCUGGUUUGAUCAAUCGUCUUGUAGAAGCAUCAGGGCACAAAAGUAAGACGUUGACCAUCCUUCAAUGUUCAACGCAAUUCAUUGGACUGGCAAACGCCCUCACGUACGGGUUCAAUGAGCAUCUGAGGAAAAUGGUCAGAGGGGACUUGAUGGCGCGGUUCAGAAGGUGGCCACGAUCAGUAUCUUGA